AGAGGAGCAAGGGCGCCGAGGUGAGCAGAGCCCGGCAGGCAGGCAGGCAGGCGCGCAGCCGGCCGGCCGUGGCCCUUCUGCGAACGCCCGUCACCGUAUUCACAACCCUGCCUCUUGGCCGGGUUGGCUGGGGCUGCCCGGAGGCCGCGGCCGGGCAGCUGUUGCGCUGAGAGGGGGCAGCUGCGGAGUUCCAUAACCAUAGCAACCGCAUCAGCACCACGGCGGCGGCGGCGGCGGCGGCGGCGAAAGCAGCACCCUCUCGCUCCUCCUCCAGGCAGCCGCGCCGCCCCCCCUCCCCCGGGACCUGAGUGAGACCCAGCUCUCAGGUGCCCGGACUCCGCGGUCCGCCCACCGCCGCUGCAAGUGUCGGCGGCUGGAGACGGUGACAAGAGGUGACAAGACGAGCACGAGGGACCCAGGAGCAGUGGCCUGAGGAGUGACAGAAGGGAGCCCUGCAGUGGGAGACAGGUAAUGAACCAACAAGAUCAUGUCUGAAGUGCAAGGAACGGUUGAGUUUUCUGUAGAACUACAUAAAUUUUAUAAUGUGGAUCUCUUUCAGAGAGGGUAUUACCAGAUCCGAGUGACCUUGAAGGUGUCCUCAAGGAUCCCCCACAGACUGAGCGCCUCGGUUGUCGGGCAGACAGACAGCAGCAGCCUGCAUUCGGCCUGCGUCCACGACAGCACCGUGCACAGCCGGACUUUGCAGAUCUUAUACAGGAACGAAGAGGUACCCGUCAGGGAUGCCGCCAUCUUCCAGGCACAUUUGCUCUUAGAUGGCGAAAGGGUGGAAGAGGCUCUAAGUGAAGUCGAUUUUCAGCUCAAGGUGGACCUGCAUUUUACGGACAGUAAACAGCAGCUGAGGGACGUGGCGGGGGCCCCCGUGGUCAGCAGUCGCACGCUAGGCCUGCACUUCCACCCACGCAGAGGCCUGCAUCACCACGUCCCGGUCAUGUUCGACUAUUUCCACCUAUCGGUGAUCUCGCUGACCGUCCACGCGGCUUUGGUGGCUCUGCAGCAGCCCCUGAUCAGUUUUACUCGUCCAGGAAGAGGCUCCUGGCUCGGGAAGGGUGGCUCAGAUACAGGAUCAGAACAGUCAAGCCUUUCUCUGGAAAACCUGGUCUUUGGAGCUGGAUACUGCAAACCGACUUCCUCGGAGGGGAGUUUCUACGCCCCCUCGGAGCACUGCAUGCAGCAUGCUUACAAGUGUCACCGGGAGCUGUGCUUCCUGCUACUACACGCCUACCGGGGACUCCGCGCCUACUUCCUGCUCAUCAUGAGGGACGUCCCGGAGCUGCCACACAUGGAGCUGGAGUCCCUUGCUGUUGAAGAAACGCUGUCUCAGCUGUGCUCAGAGCUCCAGAUGUUGAACCAUCCAGAGAAGAUAGCCGAGCAGAUAAGCAAGGACCUCGCCUGGCUCGCCUCCCACCUGAUGGCUCUCUGGACCCAGUUCCUGGACACGGUGACUCUGCACUCCCAAGUGACCUCUUACCUCACACACGAGCACCACACUUUGCGGGUCCGAAGGUUUUCCGAGGCCUUCUUUUACAUGGAGCACCAAAAACUCGCGGUCCUGAGCUUUCAGGAAAAUCUGAUACAGACCCACAGCCAGCUGUCUCUGGACGUCCGGGACUCGGAGUACCUCACCACCAUGCCCCCGCUGCCCGCAGAGUGCCUGGACAUCGACGGCGACUGGAGCACGCUGCCCGUUAUCUUUGAGGACAGAUAUGUGGACUCCCCUGCGACAGGACCUAAUUUGAGUGUUUACUCUAAUUUUGAUGUCCCAGCAACAAGUCCCACAAAAAUGAGUCUGGAAAACAGAGAAGAGAACCGUACCGUAAAUAGAAAAUCACCUUUAAGGGAACACCCUGUCUUGCCCACCGUGAAACCACCCCAAGUGGACUCUGACGAAGAGGUGAUGAGGUGUGCGGAGCCAGAUGAGAACGUAACCACACCACAUUACACGGACGUGUGUUCUGAAUCUCAGGUGUAUCUGACAAUUGGCGAAUCCCAGAGCAAAGAAGCUUUGCCUGAAGAGGAAUGUUGGCCUGGCCAAAGGUCUGAUGUCAGCACACAUUCCCUAGCAGCUGCGGAGCUUCCCAGGAGUCCGGACGCAGGGGAUAGCCAGGGCCCAGCACUCACCUACAUGGAUGUGAAGUCCGGCAAUGAGAGCCCCUGCAGAGCUGAACCCACAGGGACCCGUAGAGCUCAGCACGGGAGUCGGCGCUUUCGGGACAGCUGUGAUUUAGACAGAACUCUGCUAAGUGAAGGGGUGGCAGGCGGAAGUCGUCCCAUUGCCAUCUCUUCAGAGAAAACAGUGCCGCACGAGUUAAGAACUGGAGGGAAUGGAGCCGAUCAAGAGGGCAAGGUACUGCUCCUGGGUCUCAAGCUCCUCCCCCGUGAGCCCAGCGAUGCACUGAACUCUGCAUGGAAGGACUCCCUGGACGGCAGGGCUUCCUCCAAGGACCCCCCCACAGAGGAGCAGGAGGCAGUGUCGGUGGUCUCUGCGGAAAUCAAGCGGUCCUCUUCCCUCGUCUCUGAUUCCGGCAUCGAGAGUGAGCCCAGCUCCGUGGCCUGGUCCGAGGCCCGAAGCAGGGCCCUGGAGUUACCCAGCGACCGGGAAGCUUUGCACCAGCUGGUGCGAAGACAAACUCUGCACAGGAACUCCUUGGAGGGCGGACACACGGAGAGCAACACGAGCUGGCCAAGCGGGAUCCAGGCGUCCCUGACCUCCAUCAGCUCUUUGCCUUACGAGGAGGAGGAGCGGGAGCUGGCACUCACCAAACUGACCAAGUCCGUAUCUGCACCCCAGAUCAGCAGCCCAGAGGAGUCUGCGGCAGACGCGGAUGCCGGAUGGCAAGGGGGGCGUCUGGCGGAAGCUCCAGCUGUGCACGUGCAGAGCGUAGAGCCCUCAGGACGUGGUGGCUCCAGCACCCAGGACGCUGGGGUGGCUCAUCCUCUCAUGGAGGGGGCCUCAGGUGCUGACACCGAGCAGGGCCCUGGUUACAUGGACAUCCCCUUAGGGAACGAGAGCCCAUUUGACCCCCAAGGACCCUGCUGUCUUGAUGGCAGGACCGAGAACCCUCCAGAGGUUGAAACCAAAGGUCUUAAUUUAAAAAUGCCAUGUAUUGCAGCCCUUGGAAACCCGAGGGACAGAUCUUUUCCUAGGGCACGAAUGGAGCCCCCAAAGGGCAUGUCUGCAGACCUGAAGGUGGGGAAAGGAGUGCUUCCCAACAGCAGUGACUCAGAUGGUGAGAGGCCCCCUUGUCAUACGGUGUCUGGAUUGAGUUGUCCAUCCACUAUUGAUGCCCCCGACCUGGCUUCAGCAGGCGAGCGAAGCAGCUCACCUUGCACCAGUGAUGACAGAGUGUUGAGUGGAAGAGCAAGCCCCUUCCUGCAGGCUGGGCAUGAAGCGGGCACUGUGACACACGCCACUCACUCCCAAGUUUGGGGAGACCCAGAGCCACGGGCAGGCACUUCCAUCCUGGUUUCCCACCUGAGCCCCGCAGAGACCUUCACUCUGGACAGCCUGAAGGCCGUGGAGGUCGUCAACUUAUCUGUGUCUUGCACUGCCACAUGUCUGCCUUUCUCGUCUGUGCCCAAGGAGACCCCUGCCAGGGCUGCGUUCUCUUCCAAACAGACCUCUUUUCCCAUCACUCAUCAGCCUUUGGGUUCCUUUGGGGUUGUGUCUACUCAUGCCAGGAACUCGCAGGACGGAGUUGGCGAGAGGAUGUUUAGUUUUUAUCAGGCCAAAGAAAAAUUUAAAAAAGACCUGAAGAUUGAUGGAUUUCUGUACAGUGACUUGUCCCUACUAGCUUCUGAUAUCCCAUAUUUCCCACCAGAGGAAGAGGAAGAAAAUUUAGAAGAUGGGAUUCACCUGGUAGUCUGUGUCCAUGGCCUGGAUGGGAACAGUGCAGAUCUCCGGCUGGUAAAGACUUUCAUAGAACUGGGGCUUCCUGGAGGCAAACUGGACUUCCUGAUGUCGGAAAAGAACCAGAUGGACACGUUCGCAGACUUUGACACGAUGACGGAUCGGUUAUUGGAUGAAAUCAUUCAGCACAUCCAGCUGUACAACCUGUCCAUAUCCCGAAUCAGCUUUGUUGGCCACUCCCUCGGCAACAUCAUCAUCCGCUCGGUCCUGACGCGGCCCCGGUUCCGCUAUUACCUCAACAAACUGCACACGUUCCUGUCGCUGUCCGGGCCUCACCUGGGGACCCUGUACAACAACAGCACCCUGGUUAGUACAGGCUUGUGGCUCAUGCAGAAGCUGAAGAAGUCGGGGUCCCUCCUGCAGCUGACCUUCAGGGAUAACGCCGAUCUGCGCAAGUGUUUUCUCUACCAGCUCAGCCAAAAGACAGGUCUGCAGUAUUUUAAAAACGUCGUGCUGGUGGCUUCUCCCCAAGACCGCUAUGUACCAUUUCAUUCAGCCAGGAUCGAAAUGUGCAGAACUGCCCUCAAAGACAGACACACGGGGCCCGUCUACGCCGAAAUGGUCAACAACCUUCUCAGGCCCCUGGUCGAAGCCAAGGGCUGCUCUCUGAUCCGACACAACGUGUUCCACGCGCUGCCCAACACCGCCAACACCCUCAUUGGCCGGGCAGCUCACAUCGCCGUGCUGGACUCGGAACUCUUCCUGGAGAAGUUUUUCCUGGUGGCGGGACUCAACUACUUCAAGUAGUGGCCUGGACGGAGCCGGCGAUGGGAAGCUCGCUCGGAACACUGACGACCCAGGAGCGUUGGAGCUGAGACAUCCUUUGGUAGACGGCUGCCGUUCCAGGCUGGAGCCCAGAGGGGUGGAGGGCGGGGUGGGACCAGACACUCGAGGUGCUUCCAUUUCGCAGAUUUGGGAAAGCUGAACCCGUCGUGUCACACACAACAGACUUUGCCUGAACCUGUCCAGCCACCUGGAGUCUCAUUCAAGAUGCUUUGUAGGGAAACUAGGCGAAAAUAAAGAAAUGGUACUUGGAGUGGGUGAGCCCCUCAUUUUAACCACCGCUGGCUCACGGUUUCACUAGAUGUGUCCAGUAUGUUACUAGCUCAUAGCUUUAUCAGUUUCAAUUAAAUUAAGUGCACACAAGCAUUUCAGAACUCAGGUUAACCUCUGUGCAGAGUGAACACAUUUGUGUAAAUAUGACCCUUAAUAGAUUCAAUGUGCCACUUGUUCAAGAAAAUAUGACGCCCAUGCUCUCACUCUCUCCUCCUGUUUUCUGGACAAGGGGCAAAGGGAUACUUUGUAAACUCCACUUUUAUUUCGUAACAGCAGGGGGUGGGUGAUGUAAGGUAUGUCGGGGCAUAGAGGUGAUGCUGUUGGUGCAAGUUUGUUACAAAAAACAAAUAACUAGAAGAAGAACAUGGAGAAUCAGUCGGGCCACCCACUUCUCCAGACUUUUUCUAUGCAUAACCUUGGUCCAUCAUUUAUUUGGGGGAUUGCUUAAAUCUCUGUCUGUGGUAGGGAAAGCUGAGUUAGACUAAAGCUAACAGAAGGGGGCCCUGAGAUUAAUGCACACGUGUGUGAAGCUCCUGCUGGUAUACUUCCAAAGAAAUGUUGUGUUAGCAUUUGACGCAAUUGCAAAAAAUUAAAACCAUUAAUGCGGCCAGCUGCCGCUCCUCUCUGUGGAAGGAGAAAAACAUCUCAGUGGAGGAGUGCUGGAUUAAAAACCUCAGGGGAGCUCUAAGAAGGGUGCUGGUUAUCUUUCAAUAGAAAAGUCUUCUUGCCUUAGGAAAAUAAAGGGCUAGGAAAGGCCACCAUUGAUAAAAAUCAAGAGUGAAGGUCAGAGAGGAGAACAUUAGCCAAAUGGAAGACUCAAAUGUUAUUGGUUUGCGGCUUCUGGGGAAGUUUGGAAACUUACCAGGAUGUUUAAUGUGGUUCCAGAGACUGAGUACGCGCUAUGGGUUAAAAGAAGCCUAGAGAUUCUCUUAGUUGUGUUGAAGGAACCCAUCAACCAGGACGGUAGGGAUGAUAAUACGGGGGACCCGUCUUCUGGACGUGAAAGCUCCUGCUUCUGCACACAUCCCUUCUAAAGUGUGGAAACUCAGCUGGGACCAGACUCCUGGUCCCGGCACCUGGACCAGGACCCUAGGUCGCCGACACCAUGGUAACAAAACCAAGUAAAUGCUGGCUUAUCUGAGAAUUUCAGUUCUUUGCCUAUGAACGAUGUGGCUUUGGAAAACAAAUCAGGCCAUGAGAAACAUGUCCAGAUCGGUACCUUUGCAGGAGAACACAACUGUGGAUUUCUUAAGACAGAAAAAGGGGGCGGGGGGCCGGACAUUCUGCAACGGCAUACUUCCACACAACAGUUUAGGAUUUCUCUGUGGGUCUUCCUCGCACUUUCAUUGCGUCCUACUCUUAGCAUGUGGGGGAUCAGGAAGCCCUCUGGCCACUUUCCCACUGGGUAUUUUUCCCAGUCCCCAGUGGGCAUAGACUAUGUCACUCAUGAACAGCGCCAAUCCGCUGUGGAACCCAGGAGGAAUUUGGUCCCUGCGGUGCAGCCUGCGAUGUGUGUUUCCUGGCAAGUGGCCAGGCUCAGUGCCCAUGCUGGAGUUUGUAGCGACUUCUCCUUCCUGGCCCAGUGAGGAGCCCUGCCCCUUUGAUGAAUGCGUUUCGUUUUGUGUUUCCACUUCCCAUCAGCAAAGUUUGUCAUUCCCUGGUCAUUGGAGAGACCAUGUAGCCAGCGGUUAUGGAGCCAGGGUGAGUCCGAUGACCAUUGUCUUUUCCAAAAGCCAGAUGCCAUUUUUAACUUCAAUAUGCUGUCUGGACAUAGUGAGAACUCAUGGCAAUAAACGUCCAGCUGCAUGGUGCACCUCUCGUUUUUAUAGGGGUGCGCUGCUGUCUUUGUAACCCUCUCUGGCCUCUGAGCUUCUAUUAUAAUUGUGUAGAAAGGGCAUCUCUGUAUUGUAAAUAAGAGUGUCAGGUGUUGCAUUAUCAUGCCUCAUUUGAAAAG